ACUUCUCCUUGCAUAUUCCUAAUUCUCUUCAUCAACAAUCGACUCGUCGAUUGCCAACCAAUUCGACGUGCCGUUGAGAUGGCUUACACUGCUUGCCUUCCUCAUUGCACCGGUAAAAUCAGAAGCAGUCGUUCGAUGAUAAACUCAACCGGGGGUGACCCGGCACUCGCUAGUGCAAGUCUGCUUGUAUAUCUGGGACUUCAAUUGCCUGCUGCGAUAUUGGACGUUAAUGUUCAUCCCACCAAGUCAGAGGUUCAUUUUAUGCAUGAGGUAGGUGACUUCAGAUUAAUAGAAUUUCUCUAG